AUGCCUCCGAAUACUGCCGGGGCCCUGACUGGGAACCGUUUUGUUAUUGUCUUUCUCAGCAUUACCUCACUGGCCAUUGCCAGUCUCAGUUCUGCCACUGCACACUUUUCGACCGUUCUGCGAGACCGCGCAAAAUUCGACCUCGUCACCCCCAGCAACGCUAGUUUGCAUAUUACAUUCGAAAGGCUCAUGGAAAACGUCCGCCAGGACAUGGUGAUUGUGGCCCUCAUCUCAGCCCUGUUUUCCAUUUUC